UAGCUUCUAAAACCCCCAAACCCUAAAACCUUUCCCCCGACACCUCCCGCCUUUCUAAGCCAUAGAAGGAGAGAAACUGGGAGCGGUUCUGUGGUAGCGUCUCUCUGGUUUUGCUCCCAUGACGUCGACGUAUCUUCUGUAUGAAUCUGCUUCUGGCUAUGCUCUGUUUCAUGCCCAUGGCCUCGACGAAAUUGGGCAGAAUACUGAAGCCGUUCGGAGCUCCGUCUCCGACCUUAACCGCUUCGGCAAGGUCGUGAAGCUUGCUGCUUUCCACCCCUUUGAGUCGGCUCUUGAUGCGCUCAAGCAGUGCAACUCGGUCUCCGAAGGUCUCAUGACUGAUGAGCUUAGGAGUUUUCUGGAAAUUAACCUUCCAAAAGUUAAGGAAGGCAAAAAGGCCAAGUUCGUUUUGGGACUCGCUGAACCCAAAAUUGGUUCUAACAUAUUUGAAGAGACUAAAAUCCCAUGCCAAAGCAAUGAGUUCGUUCUGGAGCUGCUUCGCGGUGUUCGACUACACUUCGACAAAUUUAUCAAGGACCUCAAGACGGGGGAUUUGGAGAAAGCCCAACUUGGUCUGGGACACAGUUACAGUCGAGCAAAGGUCAAGUUCAAUGUUAACCGUGUUGAUAACAUGGUGAUUCAAGCUAUCUUCCUUCUUGACACUCUAGACAAGGACAUUAAUUCCUUCUCCAUGAGAGUCAGAGAAUGGUAUUCCUGGCAUUUCCCCGAGUUGGUGAAGAUUGUCAGUGACAAUUAUCUUUAUGCUAAAGUUUCUAAAUUCAUUGAGGACAAAUCGAAGUUGGCUGAAGAUAAAAUCCCUGCCUUGACUGAUAUUAUUGGUGAUGAAGAUAAAGCAAAGGAGAUUGUUGAAGCAGCUAAAGCCUCCAUGGGCCAGGAUUUGUCUCCUAUUGACUUGAUUAAUGUCCAGCAAUUUGCACAGAGGGUGAUGGAUCUAUCUGAAUACAGGAAGAAGCUUUUUGAUUAUCUAGUUGCUAAAAUGAAUGAUAUUGCUCCCAAUUUGGCCUCUUUGAUUGGUGAAGUUGUUGGGGCCCGUUUAAUUUCUCAUGCUGGUAGUCUCACAAAUUUGGCCAAGUGCCCUUCUUCCACCCUUCAGAUUCUCGGUGCUGAGAAAGCACUCUUCAGGGCUUUGAAGACAAAAGGAAACACUCCUAAAUAUGGUCUGAUCUUUCAUUCUUCUUUCAUUGGGCGAGCAUCUGCACGGAACAAAGGCCGAAUGGCUCGUUAUCUUGCAAACAAAUGUUCUAUUGCAUCACGUAUUGAUUGCUUUGCAGAGAAUAGUACCACAACCUUUGGAGAGAAACUUCGUGAGCAAGUUGAAGAGCGCCUUGACUUUUAUGACAAGGGAAUAGCACCUCGUAAAAACAUAGAUGUUAUGAAAUCUGCAAUUGAAAGUGCUGAUAACAAAGCAACUGAUAUGGACAUAGAAGAAGUGGCAAGUGAAGCUUCAGGGAAAAAGAGUAAGAAAAAGAAAUCAAAGGCUAGUGCGAACGGUGAGGUUGAGGACAGACCAAGUGCCACUGAAAACGGUGACGCGAAAUCAGAAAAGAAGAAGAAGAAGGAGAAGCGAAAGUUGGAUAAGGAAACAGAGGAGGAGCAGCAGCAACAGGCUUCAGAAAUGUUAAAUGGAGAAGUAAACGGGGAGGAAGAAGCAGGCAAGAAGAAGAAGAAAAAGAAGAGCAAGGAGGAGGAUCAUGUUGCUGCAGAAGAUAGUAAGAAGAAAAAGAAGAAGAAGUCGAAGAGCGAAGAUGCCGAAUAGCCUUGUCGACAAACCACAGUAAGUAAGAUGGAGAGAGAGAGAUGGAUGGUGGUUAUUUAUAGGAGAGGUAGACAUGAAUGAAUUAGUUGCUAUAAUGUUCUAGCUGUAGAAAUGCCGUUUGUGGCUGUUUUUUGGUCUGGGAUCCGCAAAACUUGUGCCAAUAUGAUGCUCUUAUGAUGUUUAUGUUGCCGUAUUGUCUUAAUCUGAACGACUUCCUGUUCUGGAAAUGUAUUCUAACUCUAAUUUUGUCAGGGAAGUUAUGUUUUCUUUAA